UCUCUCUCUUCACACUUUCGUUCGCUAUGCAAAAGCGCGUGCCCAGCAGCUUAGGAAUUUAGGCGCGUUAAGUUAAUUUAACGUUUGUUUGUGAAGCACGCACUUGAAAACAAAAGGAUUCCUUAUUUUUCAAACCGAAAACAUAGAAAGUGCUCGUAUAGCCUACGUUUUCGCAUUGUACUACAUUUUUAUUUGUGCUGUCUUUUCUAGACUUUUCCGAAAUUCAGGGAAAUGGAAAAAUCCGAGAAACCGGCAUGCGUCGUCUGCGGUCUUCCGGCCGGAUUGAUGUGCCAGCGGUGUGGAGAACCGUACUGCAAGGAUGAGUGCCAGAGAUUGGACUGGCAGAGGCACAAGCACGUCUGCAUCAUUAUGCCACCCUUGGUGGGCUACAGACCUCUUCAACAGUCGUUGCGUCCAAUCCAGAGCGUAAAGACCGUGGGCUUCCAAGAGUCUCUACAGCUCGCUACAACUCGCACUGCAAAUGAAGAGCCAAUUUCUUUUGUGGAGCCCACUGCUGCUUUGCCGAAGGAGCUGGAUCUCUCCGAAAAAUGGCGCGAUCACUUGCUGCCGUCGGGCGAGGAGUUCUUUGAGUGCCGCGUGACCUUCAUGGAGAACGACGGACCCAUCUGGGUGGUGCACGUGGCCAGUGUGGAGGGCAUGGAGCGUAUGACGGACAACAUGAUGCGCUGCAUGCAGAGCCAGAAGCUGAUUCGUAUGCAGAACGUACAAGAGGACACCCUGGUGGCCAUCAGUGUGGACAAAAAGGUCUACCGCGGUCAUGUCUUGACACUCUGCCGUCAGAAGCAAGAGGCCGAUGUCCGGAUGAUUGACUACGGUCCGAUAGUGGGUACACCGCUUCGGGAUAUUUACACUGUUGUGCACAAAAUGUCCGAAUACAAGGCUUUCGCUUUCCGGGUCAAAUUGCCCACAAACACUGGAGUUCAGGUCAAUAAGAAUUUGACACUCCGCCUGCUGGGAACCAAAACCCGCGACGGCGUUUAUCACGUCCACCUAAAGCCCAAGAUGACAAUACCACUAAGUUUGCCAUUGGAGAUGCUGCAGCUGAAUCCCGAAGUAAAGGUAAUCCGCGUGUUUAAGACAAAUUCAGCGCACAAGGAGCCGCAGGUGGCCCUCCUUCAGAUCAACGUUAUGGACCAUGUCAACACAGACUUGAACGACAGCCUUACCGAGAAGCCAGGACAGCCGUUUACUGGGCCUUUCCCCGAGGAGAAGUGCACCUUCUUUGUGGCCGCCCGCACCAAGGAUGGUUAUCGGCGAGCCUUCCUAUUGGAUCAUAUCGUACAGCCGACGCCUAUGUUCUUGGUUUACGAAAUGGACGAGGGUCGAGUGUCUAUAACCACCGAGUUAAGUCGUAUUCCCAGCGAACUACUUGGCCUGCCCAUUCGAGUGUUUGCCGCUCAGCUGAAAGACUCCGUGCCUGAGGAGCUUGAGACCCAAGGUGCAGAUCUGACGGUCAAGUUUAAACUCGAUAACCCGCUGCCCAAGGAAAAGUUACGCUCGGCAAAUGCCGCCCUGAAUUCGAAGGGCGAGCAGAUUUGUGUGGCCCGAAUAAGCACCUUCUUGGGUCAUAUUUCAGAUUUAGGCCACAAGUACUGGCGUGAACCCAUCGCGCAAGACUCCAUUGUGUUCAUUACCCACGUGGUCAGCUUUAAGGAGGUAUACAUAAGCUCCCCAAAUGCCAAGCAGUAUGCUGAAAUUUUCAAGCGUCUGGAGUACAAGUGCGCUUCAAUCCACGAUUCUAGUGACGUCUCUGUUGGGUGCAUCGUGCUGGUUGUCUCUAAGAAGAUGGGACACUUCCGGGGCGAGAUAUUGAGUACUGCUAACGGAAUAUUUGAUGUGAAAAACGUUGAUACCGGUGCCACCCAAAAGGUAGAGUUGGCGGCGAUACGCAAGUCUUGUCGCUUUCUGGAGAAUUUGCCCGUGUGUCUGAUGCGUGUGCAGUUAAAGGAUAUUUGCAAUAUUCCGGAUGCAGCAGUGCCAGUCAACAAUGGGGCCAUUCAACUGCUAAACAAAGUCUGCGCCCAAGAAGAAAUGCUAAGUCUGGGAAUGGUAGAUGCUACUACAUCGACCGUGGAUCUUCUGUCCAGCUCCAGCUCCCCGUGCUCCUUGGUGCUCCGAAUGUUGCCUCUUAUGUUUACACCGGUACAAGAUAAGCCGGAAGUUGUUCCACCAAAGGCUGCUCUUACUCCAAGUCAAUCGCCUGUUGUCUCCCCGGAAAAACAGAAGGUACAGUCCCCACUUCUGCUGGAGGCAGCCAAGGAUCUGCCUCCACUGCCGCCCUCUCCACCGGAGUCACCUGUUCCUGUCGAACCGAUUGAAAAGUCUGCUUCCCAAAUUGUGCCCCAUGAUAAGCCCAUUGAACGGUUCUUUUUCAACGCUUUGCCCAAGAAUCUAGCUCCUUUGGGCGACAAGGUCAACCUAAUCCUUUUAAACGCUGACGGAAUGCCACAGACUGGCUACAUUACUGCCGCCUACUUCAAGGAUGGAAAGGUGGCCGAUGAAUUCAGGGACAUGCUCAACUGUGUUGCCCAUCAGGGAGCGUGUGACCAUAAUGCCGUUCCGGGUUACGUGCCAAGCGUUGGUGAACUGUGCUUGGCGCUCUUCAGCGAGGACAAAAGCUGGUAUCGCGGAGUCUGCCUGGAGGUCAAGGACAAUAAGGCCAAAAUUCUGUACUGUGAUUUUGGAAACUCUGAAUUGGUGCCCGUGGAACAUCUGAAACCGAUGGCCCAAGAUUUGCUAAAUGCCGUCUAUUCAACGAAGUGCUAUAUAGAUGGCUUCGACAAGUCAAAGAAUUUUGCAGCUCUGGAGGACUAUCUUGUACAUAAGGUCCGAUUCUUUUGUGGCGUCAAGGUUGGCCCUGAACCCGAUACUCGUCUCAUUACGAUUCCGAACCUGCAGAAUAUUCUAAACGCGCCAAGUGUAUAAUUUUACGAUGCUUUCGACUUCAACUUACCGACAACAUGGAUCACAUUCCUUCAUAAGAUUUUAGCAUUAAGGUUUUGAUAACAUGAUUUUGAUAAUCAUUCGCUUACAUUUAUUUAAGCACAUUAUAGUGAGUUGACUAAGAGACUUAGCACCUUAGUUAUCGCAUUUGGAAAGAUGUUGAUCAUUUAAGCAGAAUUUCUUUAAUUUUGUCAUUAUUUUUACCACAUAGGAACUCCAUAAGUAGACUACUCUUAAGAAAAUUCACACUUAUGUCGAUUAAAGAAAACGAACAAUUCUAAGUUUAAU